UCAAGGUGCUGCCGGACCAGGCGAGCGUCCUGAGGGGCAUCGUGGUGCCCACGUGCGACGACUGCUCCAAGACCAUCUACGUCCAGGUGGUGUCGCUCAUCGGCUCAGGACUCACGCCGCACAACCUGUUCCUGCACUCGGGGCUCGUCAAGGAGGCCGUGGACCGCGAGGGCGUCGAGGCCGUCCAGCUGUCGAGCGUAAACCUGGUGCUGCUCGUCGAGGUGUGCCUGGCCGUGCUCGUGUCGUACGUCUUCAACGUCUUCAUCACGUCCGUGAUUGGGGCCACCGUCUUCGGCCAGACCAACAGACAGCUGGUGGGUCCUCGAGACUGACGGGCAGCGCGCCAUACUGCACGGCACACUACUACACUACAGCGGUUCCACAUUCCAGAGGGAGGAGUGCAUCUCAGGCGGCAGCCUCUUCGCAGAUGUAUUUCCGGUGAGUUUGCCCUAGAUCGCUAUGAACAAGCAAGUCAUAAACCCUUUCUAAGUCUACAAUAAAAUCCGCUAGAACGACAACGAGACGGCCUCGGCAGACAUGUACACGGGCGGGGUGUUCCUGGGGUGCCGCUUCGGGUCCGUGGCGCUCACCAUGUGGGCGCUGGGCGUGCUCACCGCGGCGCUGGCGGGCACCCUGCACAGCAGCCGCGCGGGGCGCUUUAUCAUGGAGGUGAUCGACAUGGCCGAGUAAACCAGGACACGGUACCCACGGCGGCGACCUCGUCAACACCGCGCGCUCGCGUGUCCAUAGGGCUUCCUCCGCAUCCAGUGGAGCCACUGGCGGCGCGCCAUCGUCGUCCGGGUCCUGGCCGCCACACCGCUGCUGUUCGUCGCCCUAUUCUCCAACGUCACCACGCUGGUCGCCAUCAACUCGCUCCUCAACCUGGUGCUCAGCCUGCACCUGCCGGCCGCCGCCAUCCCGGCCAUCGCGCUCACCGCCAACCGCAGCGUGAUGGGGGACCACGUCAGCAGCAAGUGAGUGACGCAGUGGUGGCAGUGGGCGCAUAGAGGUCGCGGUGAGCAGCGGCGAGCCGUCGUGGCUCAGGUCCAAGUUGGGUUUAGCUGGCUCAAUGAGUCUAACAUUUCACGAGACAUUCCAAAAUUGCACUGGAAAAUGAAAACUGUACAGGAAAUUCUUCUGUUUUGUUUCCUUUGCAAAACUUUUAAAAUUGUAAACGAAAAACAUACUACUCCGUUUGUUUUUUUGGAAAUAGUUGUUGUCUUUGCGUGCAGGUUCUCGACGACCUCCUCGCUGCUGCUGACGGCGGGGGUCGUCGGCACCAACGUGUACCUGGGCGCGCGCCUGGCGUACGACUGGCUGCCCGCCUCGUGGGGCUUCAUCAUGGGCGGCGUGCUGCUGGGCCUCGGCUACCUGGCGCACAUCGUCUACCUCCUCCUGGACAUGGCCUCGUCCUGCGGCGCGAGCAACAAGCUGGCGACCUGCAGGUUCGGCCAGCGGUUUCUGAACCAGCCCUGCCCGAGAUAAGCGGAGCCGUCUAUGCAUGCUGCUGUUGCCAACGCGCCGACGACGGACCACAAGCUUCUAGGCGGCGUUUUAUAAUGGCGAUAGUCUGUCCUGUCCAUGGAAAACAUGUUGAUGUUUGAAACGCUAUUCCUGUGUGGCGCCCGCGAGCACGGCAGCGCUGCGGAUUUAACAGACGCUGUGGCUAUUGACGAGUCACACUGUACAAAGCGAGUUGUGAGCCGCGCCGCCCGUGACAGCUUUGUGACGGGCGUGCUCUGUGCCCCGCGCGACUGUGCCUGCUGCUGCGUGAGGCGGAAACGCGCAGUUUUGUGCGACUCUAGCAAUACUGAGCGAGGUGCGAACUUUUGGGAAAUGGGAGGGUGAUGAUUUGAAGUGGUCGUUGUGUAGCCCGCGAGGACAUUCUAUCAAAUCGCUUGUUUGUGUCUAGUGCCGGCCGACACACGCCACCGUAAUAUCAUCAUAAUCACCCCUCUUGGUUGUUCAAUUGUUCUAAUUCACACCUGUUCCAGUGUUUUGACCAACACAUCAUGUCCAGGCCCAGGAAAACAGAAAAGUUACGAAGCGAAUAUACGCACUUCCUUGUGUAGCCACGUGUUGCAAAAGACGAGAAACUAUAGUGCAAUUACAGAGCGAUUACCUAUCCAUUAAGAAAGUUGGAAAGUGUCGCAACUUAUCAGCACGCGCAACUAAGAGACGGCUGGCUUCA